AUGAAUGUCUCUGUUCUUGAACGAAAUUGCAAAAGUCACUGGGUUGUAAUUGACCAGUUUAAAGCGUAUCUUGUUGAAUUUACUUUUAUCCCUGAUAUGGAGUCAGAAGCACCGACGAUCCAUCAAACACAUCAUGAAGUAGACCCGGGGGACCAUGUUGCAGUUGAAGGGUCCGGUGAAGAAUUUAAACAGAAAAUGGAUGAUUUUAUCAAAGAACUGGCAGUGAAAAUGCAUGUUCCCACAGGUGCGGUAGUUGCCAUGGUUAUUGGCAUGAUCCUGUUUGUCCUGUUAAUAUUGUUCUGUAUCUGCAAACGAUGCGUAUUUAAACGGAGAAAAAAAGAUCGUGGAGCGAAGAAAAGCAAAGCGGAUAUAAAAAGUGUACAACUUCUAGGCAAAGGUUUAGCUAAGGACAGAGGAGAUCUGGACGAAUUAGAAGCAAAUAUGGAAGACAAUGAGGGUGUUCAAGAGAAGGAGGAAGUAAAUUUGGGAAAACUGCAAUAUUCAAUCGAUUAUGAUUUUACACAAGGAGAGUUAACUGUUGGAGUUAUACAAGCUACUGAUUUACCUGGAAUGGAUUUGUCCGGUACAUCUGAUCCAUAUGUAAAAGUUUUCCUCCUACCUGAAAAGAAAAAGAAACAUGAAACUAAAGUUCAUCGAAAAACUUUAAAUCCAGUAUUUAAUGAAACAUUUGUCUUUAAAGUUCCGUAUGCUGAAAUCGGAGGGAAAACUUUGGUCUUUAAUGUUUAUGAUUUCGAUAGAUUUUCUAAGCACGAUCAAAUAGGGCAAAUUCAAGUACCACUUGGAUCUGUUGAUUUGGCUCGAGUUAUUGAAGAAUGGCGUGAUCUAAGUCCUCCUGAUGAUGACGAAAAGGAAAAUCGUCUUGGUGAUAUUUGCUUCUCAUUACGUUAUGUACCAACUGCUGGGAAGUUGACCAUCAAUAUUUUGGAGGCUAAAAAUCUUAAGAAAAUGGACGUUGGUGGAUUGUCAGAUCCUUACGUUAAACUUUCUCUGAUGUUGGGAGGAAAAAGAAUUAAAAAGAAGAAAACUACUAUUAAGAAGUGUACUUUAAAUCCUUACUACAAUGAAUCAUUUGCAUUUGAAGUACCGUUUGAACAAAUUCAGAAAGUAACAUUAAUUGUGGUCGUGGUUGAUUAUGAUCGCAUUGGGACAUCGGAGGCAAUUGGUCGGGUUGUUUUGGGUUGCAACGAAACAGGGGCAGGUUUGCGCCACUGGUCGGAUAUGUUAGCCAAUCCACGUAGACCUAUUGCACAAUGGCACACAUUACAACCAAUGCCCGAGAAGGGCUAACAAAUGUAGCACAGAAAAUCAUAAGACUAAGCACGUUACUUCACUAUUUUCCUCUAGUGCACCUACCUAUCUCCCUAACAAGCUCAUAAGCUAGCCCCAGAACAAUAAAACACUUAGAAUUAUAUAUGUAACAAAUGAUGAGAAACCAAGACCAACUAAAACCCUUAAACUGAGAACAUAUUAUAUUUAUUAGUCACUCAUCGUCAACUUUACUCUGCUGCUUGAAGCAGUUUAAGAAGACAAGAAGAAGAAUGCAAGAGAACUUAGCAUAGGUCUAAUGCUGAGUGUUUCACCAUACAACAUCGCCAACACAUACUUAAAACUAACCGUUAUCACUUAGUUUGUUUUCAAAAAUUAUUUCUAUUUACUAAUAUUUUUUUUCUCGCAGUCUUUUUGUCUACAAAACAUUCCAACUAACUUUCAAAUUGUUUGCAUGCAAUUUAAGUCCACCUACCUGUCUCUUAUUUACCGCUUCGUUUUAUA